AUGGCCUCUCUCUCUCUGUCCCUGGGACUUCUGGCUCUUGUACAAUGUGGCCCGUAUGACGACCGCGUCAGGGUGUGGGGCAUUAGUGCCUCCAACCUGAACGGAGACAUCAUCUCCCAACCAGACCCCUACGUCAAGGUGUGGUGCGGCCCAUCCUUCGGUGGCAUGACCAGCAUUCUGAAGAACCAGGCCAACCCCACCUGGCCCGGCGAGUUCAACUUCCUAGACGUCAUCGACAAGUCUGUCCUGAAGCUGGAGGUGUGGGAUGAUGACGCCGGACCAGAUGACCGCCUGGGAACCUGCACCACCACCAUCUACCCAGGAACACACAUCGAGACCUGCCACCUGAAGAAAGGCACCGUCUACUACACCUACACCUACCAGAAGGAAUACCAGCAACAGAAUGAUGAUUAGAUUUUAACCUAUGACCUUGUGUCUGAUUGAUUCUC